CAACGGGACGUACUAAAUCCGUACGGUGUUGUUUUUGAUAGGAAUAAUAGCCGAGAUGGUUCGAUUGCUGACUUAAAGUCACAUCAGCGUUGUAAUAUGUGCCGUGUGGAGACCGUAAAUAGUCGCCCCGUACAUUCAAUCAGGGAUGUUAUAUUUCCGAUCCUUUAAUAUUGUUCAGAACGACAAUAUUGUUGUGCUUGUGAUUACCGACAAGAUGGAAGAAUCAUGCAACGGAAUACCAGUCUUAGAUUUUGAAAGUCUUGGUCUACACAGAAAACGGGAACUUAUAGACAAAAAGGAGCUGAAAAUUGUCGGAGACCGUGUGAAAGAUGCUUUCACUAAGGCGGGAUUCUGCUAUCUUAAGAAUCAUGGAAUCGAUCAGAAUUUAGUGAGUCAAUAUAUGGAUAUUUCACGUGGGUUUUUCGAACAACCGGUAGAGGAAAAAAUGAAACACGUUCGGGGGACUGACUCAAAUUUUGGCUGGGUCGCCGUAGAAAGGGAGAGCUUGAAUCCGGAAAGACCUGGUGACUUGAAGGAAGCGUUUAAUUACCAACCGGCGGAUGAUCCCGAUGACUGGCCGACGGCGGAAUUUCAGCAGGCAAGUCGUGAUAUGUAUUUGCGAUGCACCGAACUCUCACAUCGUGUAUGUGAUGCACUCUCAGUUGGAUUAGAUCUAGGAGAAGAUUUCAUGAGGAAUGCGCAUCAAUAUAUUGGCACAAAAGAAAAUUCGACGGCUUUGCGUAGUUUGUAUUAUCCCCCUGUACCGCCGGAAUCGAGUAUCAAACCUGGCCAAAUUCGUCUCGGGGAGCAUUCUGACUAUGGAACGAUAACUCUUGUGUUUCAAGACGAUAUUGGCGGACUUGAAGUAAACAUUCAAGAUAAAGGUUUCGUACCUGCUACUCCUAUCCCAGGAACUGUUGUAGUCAACAUCGGGGACCUGAUGCAGAGAUGGACGGCUGAUCAAUUGAUUGCAACAAAACACCGGGUGCUCAUACCGGAAGUGGAGUUUAAGAAAAGGAAGCAUCGGCAGUCUAUUGCGUUCUUUGUUCAUCCAGAUAAUAAUUACAUGAUAGAAUGCCUAGAUGGGUCCAAGAAAUACGAGCCAAUUUCCGGCCUUGAUUAUCUUAACUACAGAUUUAGUCUGACGUAUUAACCAUGUUAUUACAAGUAAAACGGACUUGCUUUGUAUUGCAACGUAAUAUUUAACAGCAGAAAUUGGGCAAGUCGGUUGUAUAAAUUGUAUAUACACAGCACUGACUGGUUGGCUGGACUGACUUUGUACCAGUGUCAAAAGACACUUGUUGCAUUGGGUGGGUUACUGACAUUAUCUAUAUUUCAGUUAUCUCAUUUUAUUUCAUUUCGAAAUAUUUUUGUUCAAGAUAUGGGCUUUAAAAUUAAAUUCAGAGUGAAUGCCAACUGGAAGGAGUGCAAUGACAAAGAAUCGUUUGUAGUCAUAUCAUAAUCUCACAUACAUGUAGUUUGUAAUUAAUGCACAGAGCACAUCUAUAAUCAUUUCGACCUUCGAGUUUUCAUUUACAAAAAAAAAGCCAAAAACACAAACAAAAAAACGUUUCAACAUGGCUCAUGCCUUGCAUUUAAUUUACUUGAAAUAAAUUAAUAAGCAGAUGUUAAUCUAAU